UGACAAGCACGGUGUGACGUCACGCGUUUUUUUCUUUCCCAGGGUCCGCAAUCUUGACUCGGCUCGAUGAGUCUGAUCUUGCGGCUGUCGCACAUCAAUGCAUCACAUUUCAGUGUCGGUCUCUUCAAAGCAGCGUUUAUUAGCCAGCGAGUUAAUGUUCUGUCGAACCUUGGCCCCUUAAAGAAAGGGGUCUUGAUGAAGGACCGGACGAUGGCAAGUGCGACGAUAGUGGCAAUGCUGGGGAGCCAGUUUCCAUAAGACCACGAGCUCCCCCAAACGCGAAAAGAACCGACGUAUAAGGGUACCACAGGUGCUCAAAAAAGGUCGCCGGAAGGCACCUUGUGACAGAAAACCAUAUUCUUCCGGUAGCAUGAUGGUCGUAGCGGGAAUGUGGUGACGGGGUCACACAGCUGGCAGAACAUGCGGUACACUGCCCCUCCUUGUAAUUGGGAUUCGGAGAGCGUUUAAGGACUCUAAUAAUUUCGGGUCGGACGUUCGAACAGCGUCACGCUACCACUCUCAACCGAUAUCCCACUGCUCAAGUUCAACUCAUUGUUACUAAAAGCGCCUUUGAUGUUCGCCUAUUUCGCAAUUCAGGGGACGAUGUAUUUCCGUCAUGCUCUGACGAGAAAAGUUCAUCUGCUUCCCAGCCAAAGGAUGACGCAAGUAAUGUCUGCGGCGGCCCAGGUAGGAUUAACACUCCUUGCGUUGUACGUAGGUCAAUCCCACGGAGCAUUAUACGAAGAUGCUACGAGGCUUCCUUCACGACCUUUCGACUUCAUCAUUCUUGGUGGCGGAACGGCAGGAAGCGUUCUCGCAAACCGACUGACCGAAAACGUAAACUUCCAUGUUCUUGUGCUCGAGGCUGGUUCAAGCAACAUUACCUCAACCUUCACUGAAGUCCCAUUCUUCUGCAACCCAAUACAUCCGCAGUUUGACUGGAAUUAUACGACAACACCUCAAACUGGGCUCGAUGGUCGAUUAGUUUCUUUUCCUCGUGGCUUUGUGCUCGGUGGAAGCAGUUCCGUUAACGGGCUAUUCUACUCUCGUGGCACCAAAGAUGACUUCGACCGUUAUGCGGACGUCACCGGGGACCCAGGAUGGUCGUGGAAUAGUCUUCGACCGUACAUCGCAAUGAAUGAAAAACUUACUCCGCCUGCAGAUCGCCACAAUACUACGGGCCAAUACGACCCCGACAUUCACAGUUUAACUGGAAUCAAUUCUGUCAGUCUUCCCGGGUGGCCUCGACCAAUAGACGACUCCGUGAUACAAGCCUCUCACGAACUCGGAGGCGAAUUUUCGUUCAAUCUGGACCAUAACUCCGGAAACGAACUUGGAUUGGGAUGGGCGCAACUGACUAUCAACGGGAACAAACGGAGUAGUGCUGCGACUUCUUACCUUGCACCAUAUUACUUGUCAAGGAAGAACUUGCAUGUUUUGGUGAACGCAAGGGUGACCCGAGUACUCGAGGUUCGGCCUGGAACGCUGGAUUUUAGAGGAGUGGAAUUCACUCAAAGUCCCGAUGGACCCCGUCACCAUAUAAAUGCGCGUAAAGAGGUUCUUCUCUCAGCAGGAACCAUCGGAUCUACUCAAAUCCUUCUUCUCUCUGGCAUCGGUGACUCUAAACACCUAACAUCGGUCGGGAUUCGGCCGAUAUACGACCUGCCUGGGGUUGGUCAGAACCUCUCAGACCAUACGCGGAUAGGAAACAAUUUUCUAGUAAAUUCUACCAACACCUUUGACGAGAUCUCUCGAAAUCCCACUCUUUCGCAAGAGCUGUUGGAGCAGUGGAAGACAAACGGCACAGGCCCGCUGGUGGAUACUUUCAUCAAUCAUCUCAUAUUCAUGAAACUGGACGAUAGCGUUAUGAAAGCCCACGGUUUCGACCAGGAAGAUCCUGCGGCUGGCCCGAACUCAGGUCACAUCGAGCUUGGGGUUUCGAACGGGUUCAUUGGCAACUUACCCACCACUGGUAACUUCAUUGGAAUUACCGCUCGCGUUAUAUCACCGACAUCUCGAGGUUCAGUCAAACUCAACACCUCGGAUUCAUUCGACAGCCCGCUUAUUGACCCAGGGUUCCUUACUACCCAAUUCGACAUCGUAGCUAUGAGGGAAUCAAUUAAAAAGUCAAUCAAAUUCCUGGCUGCCCCUGUCUGGAACCGCUAUGUGCUGGGACCUUACGGACCGUUGGCUAAUGCUACUACGGAUGACGAGAUUGACGCGUAUGUGAGACAACUGACUGGAAGUUCUGCGCAUCCGGUUGGAACGCUUGCCAUGUCCCCGAAGGACGCGACGUAUGGGGUCGUGAACCCUGAUCUGAGAGUGAAAGGUGUGCGAGGGCUGAGGGUUGUGGAUGCGUCAGUCUUCCCCUUCAUUCCGAGUGCGCAUACUCAAGCUCCUGUGUAUAUCAUCGCCGAAAGAGCUGCAGAAUUGAUUGCCACAGCAUGGGUUUAGGAAGGUCUGAACAAAUUUAACAUUCAGCCAGUAUACAUCGGCCAUACUUAGCUUGUAUCUAGCAGUGUAUAUAUUGCCAAUAUCAUACUAAAUCUAGCCG